AUGUACCAGAAGUUUGUGAAUAUGCUUAAGAAGCUACAUGUCAAUGUGCCUUUUUCUGAAGUUUUGGCAAAUAUCCCUACUUAUGCAAAGUUUUUAAAGGAGAUAGUGUCUAAUAAGAAGAAAUUGAAAGACUUUGCAGAGUUGUCUCUUAUUAAGGAAUACAAUGCAGUGCUCCAAAAUCAUCUUCCAAUUAAGAUGAAAGAUCCAGGGAGUUUUACUGUGCCUUGUCAAUUUGAACAUCUUCUUGUUGAUAAAUGUUUAUGUGACCUUGGAUCUAAUGUUAAUUUGAUGCCCUUAUCAUUUUUCAGGAAAUUGAAGUUUGCCAACCUAGUGCCUACUCAAGUGAUUCUACAAUUGGUUGAUCGUUCAGCGCAUUAUCCAAUGGGUAUUUUAGAAGAUCUAUUGGUUAAAAUUGAUAAAUUUUAUUUUUCUACUGAUUUUAUUGUUCUUGAUAUGGAAGAAGAUAUUUCUAUGCCUAUUAUCGUUAGUAGAGGGUUCUUAGCUACAAGGGAAUUAACAUAG